AAUAAAAUCGUUGUUCUCCUCUCUGGCAGAGGUGCUGGCAGUUCUGGGCUGCACCGAGGGUGAGCGAUCCCGGGUCAGAGAGGGGAGAUGGGAGGAGAGGAGGAUUCUGAUACUCUGUGUUUGGACUGUAACUCCAGGGAAUGUUUCUCGUUCAGCUUUGCAAGAAGCAGGGCACAGCUGGGAGGAAAAGAUGUUUGGCUUUCACAAACCGAAGAUGUACCGGAGUAUAGAGGGCUGCUGUAUUUGCAGGGCAAAGUCUUCCAGUUCUCGCUUCACUGACAGCAAACGUUAUGAAAAGGAUUUCCAGAAUUGUUUUGGGCUCCACGAGGCUCGCUCAGGAGAUAUUUGCAAUGCCUGUGUUCUUUUGGUGAAAAGAUGGAAAAAAUUACCAGCAGGAUCCAAAAAAAACUGGAAUCAUGUGGUAGAUGCCAGGGCUGGACCCAGCCUUAAAACAACACUGAAACCAAAGAAAAUGAAAACCCUCUCUGGAAGCAGAAUAAAGAGCAAUCAAAUCAGCAAACUGCAGAAGGAAUUCAAGCGGCACAAUUCUGAUGCCCACAGCACAACUUCAAGUGCCUCCCCAGCUCAGUCGCCCUGCUACAGCAACCAGUCGGACGAGGGCUCGGACACGGAGCUGAGUGCCGGGGCCAGCAGGACACCCGUGUUCUCCUUCCUAGAUCUCACCUACUGGAAAAGGCAAAAGGUCUGCUGUGGUAUUAUUUACAAAGGGCGUUUUGGAGAAGUCCUCAUAGACACUCAUCUCUUCAAACCUUGUUGUAGCAAUAAAAAGUCUGCCACUGAAAAGCCAGAACAAGAAGGACCCCAAUCUCCAGCAAUCUCCACCCAAGAGGAGUGGUGACUUCCUUGAAUAGCUGCAGAAGGUUAUACAGAUCCUCUUAUUCUCUGGAAAAAUACUAGAAAAGUGACUGUUCACUUUGGACACCUGCUAUGCUGCCAAAAGACUAUUCCCUGGAACUGUUUUUGGGUUUUACUGCUACAAUUCCACAAACUCUGAAGCCAGUUUGUAUCCUUUCAGAAAGACUGUACAUAAUAUUUAAGAUGCUAUGGAACACUUGGCAAAGCUGAAUGCUGCUGCAAGGUUGUCUAAUUUUCCCCCACACUCACUUCCCAAGUGAAUAUGAGGAUGGGGUUUGUAUAUUAAAGUUUAUGUAGUUCAUGUUUCUGUACUGAAAGAAGCAGUGGUUGUAAACCUUUUGGUUUUGGUUUUUUUUUUUUAUUUCUUUAAAAGUUGGUUGGCAAACUUCCUAUAUUCCCAAGAAAAUAUUUCAUUCUUAGACAUGUAUGAGUCAAUAAGAUGAAUUAAUACAUAGAAAUGUUCUAAGUCACCUCUCUAGUUAUAUAAAUAUAUAUUUUUAAAGGUGUGGCGAUUUCACCCUGUACUACUGACAUAACAAAGACAAAUAUUUCAUCCCUCCCAUGUGCACAGACUGGUUAUCUGCACACAUCUCUCCUUCAAUUGUAGCUAUCUGAGGAGGCCUCCAGCAUAAAAGUGCUCUUGAGAAGGGGUGGGAGAGCUCCCCACCUUAGCCAAGGAUUAAGACUUACCUAAGAACUGAACAUAGCAAAAUGGGAGGUUACUUCUUUCAAACCAGCAGCAGGCACCCUGAGCUUGGUGCAGUAACUCCUGAUGGUUAGAGAUGGACCAAGAAACCCCUUGAUGCCCAAGUCAGGUGUAGAUGGCAGCCCAAACUGAGUAACUGCUCUCUGUAGGACCAGUGCAGCUGAAAUGUGACCACAAACAAGACUCCUCCUGGUUGUGGACCUGACAAAGAACCAAACCCCUUGCUGAGCAAAUUAGGCUCUGGUCCAGGGACAUAAUCUGGUUGCAGCCUGGGGUUUGGAUUCACAAUAACUGUUUUGAAACCCUUCCCCUGCAGUGCUUCUCUGUAUUUGGGUUUUGUUGGUUUUUGUUUUGUUGUUUUUUUUUUUUUUUUUUUUUUUUUUUUUUUUUUGGUUUUUGGUUUUUUUUUCCCAUUUGUUUGUUUAAGCAACUGCCAGGUCAACACAUUUGUGAAUACUGAAUCUGAAAAGUCCUGCUAAAAAUGGUGCUGUGCUGAAUCAAGGCAGCAGCUCUGUUUGCAUAUGUGAUCAAAAGAUAAUCUACACAGAUUCCCAGACGAGCUCAUGUGCAAAUCGUUGUGACACUCCUUCAAACUUUGCUUUGCCUCUAGGGUGGAAGCAGCUUCCUGGAAGGUUGUGCUGCAGUUUUAGCUCCCAGUUGUUUCAUGUUCCUUUUAUGAAGGUUUUACUUGUGUGAGUUGGGAAUUCUGCUUUUUGUUUGGUUGGUUUUUUCCUGGUUUUAGAGGGAGGGAGAAUUAUUUUUUACUAUUACUCUUUUGGGAUAUCCUACAAUGAAAUGCUACAUGGUGUGAUUCUUGUGGUGUCCUGAGUAGGGCCAGGAGCUGGAGUUGGUCCUGAUGGGUCCCUCAACUCAGCAUAUUCUAUGAUUCUAAGCUUUCCUUUUUUGUGAGAGUCAUUGGCAUAAUACUGUGGUGGGUAGGGUUUAGGACUGGAUUUCCAUGUAGUCUCGGUUCCUGAAACAGGAAUACUUAGCAAAUUAAAAUAUAGGUAGGGAAAGAUAUGCAGGUUUUAAGAGGAGCCUCUACCCUCAAAGCUUUUUUUUCUUUCUUUCUUUUUUCCUCUCCUGUUGGAUCAGCCAAUCUCUGGAGAGAAAGAAAAUCAGGGGAAACAGGGCUUUGACUUAUCACAGCCUUACAGCUUAGAGCUUUCCUUGGACUCAUUUUGCUUUUCCUAAACUCUGGGGCUCUUAAGGGAGGACAAAGCUGCUUACCUUGCUUUUAUUCUCAACCAAAUAGAAUCGUUCAGGUUGGAAAAGCCCGAAGCCCGUUGAGUCCAGCCAUAGCUACAAUGAAUACUUGAUUGUAUAAAGGUGUCUAGGUUGGUCAUGUCUAUUAAGGGCUUGAGCAAGAGUUCUUGCUGUGUUUGCAGACACCUACUUCAUGUGAAUUUGUGUUUUCAGCAUCAGUAAUUCUGUACACCUCAGAAGGCUGCAGUGUUGGUGGUAGGAUGUGCUCUGAUACGGAUCAUCUCUUCUGUAUUUAUUUAUUUAUUGCUGGAUUUCAACCGCCAACUGCUUCCCCUACUCCCUCCCACCUCUUCCAUUCCCAGUAGUAAUGCAAAAUGAGUAGUCAUGCACUUUGUAUUAAUGUAUUAGAAAUCUAUGGAACCUGUUUUGUACUUUUAUACUGUUCAGACACUUGUAAUCCAAACUUUGUUUUUACUAGGGUUAUGAAUAAAUUUAGUCUUAUUUAGAAAAUAA